UGUCCAGAUUUCGCGUGGAUUGCCUUUCACCUUCAUUGCCAAAAAAAAAAAGCAAAUCAAUGCCAAAGAAGUCUGAUCCCAGUGCGAGGGCAAAGAAUGCUAUAGCAGACAAUCUACAAAUAUACCAACAUAUGAAUUUUCUUCACCAAGCUGCCAUUUUAUUAUCCAGUCUACCAGUAGAUUCUCAAACUGCGGAUUCGUCAAAUACCCAGCAAGCACCAAAUACUCACGACGUAGCAAGCAGAGACAAUUCAGCUAUAAUCAAUAAGACCGAUGAGCCAGCCUUAGCUCCUCUAUCUCGGUAUUACUGUAACACCAUGAAAAAUAUCAGCAAAAAAUUGGUGCUUCGCCUAGAUCCCAACGUUAAGCGAUCAAUUUGCAAAAAGUGCGACAAUGUUUUGAUACCAUCCGUCACUUCUGAUGUGCGAGUCAAAUCUCGACCGCAUAAAGGAACUGCUAUCACUUGCAAGUCUUGCAGGACACAGAGGCGAUUGGUAGCCAAAAAGGGCUAUGAACUCUGGACAUCCAAAGCCAAUGUGCAUCUGGUAGAAGAAAAGAACAAAAAAAAUUAGAUUCUUGAAAUAUAGAUAAUUCAAUUAGAAUACAGAACUUUAUAUAGCUGGCUGUAUAAGUCACCAUUAAUUACUCGCAGUUGGAUAA